AUGGAGACCCCAAGGGGACCACAGAAGCCCUUGGCAUGUAGGAGAGCCCAGUCUCUGGACAGGCCUCAGGCGCCCAGGAAGGACUCUGGGUCGGGUCAGUGCAACUGCCGGUGCCUCUCCUUUUCCACCACUCCCUGCCGGAGGCCCCUUCGCCGCACGUCCAGCGACAGGGCCAGAUACUCUGGGAUCCCAGCUCAGUCUGCAGAGGCCCAGGGCACCGUCACCAUAGCCCUCACCCUGGAGGAGAUGAGGGGGCUUCACCCCAGUGAGCAGAGGCCCCAGCAAGACGCCAAGAAGGACAAGGCCCAGAGGCGGGCCCAGCAGGGGUGGCUGAAGGCCGUGCUGAACUUCUUCCUGAGGACAGGCCCAGAGGAGCCCAGAGAAAAGGCCAGCAAGAGGCCCAAGGGGAAGGAGGAGUCCACAGAACCCCCGGACGGCCCAGGAGAGCCGGCCCUCAGGACGAGAGCCCGCGACAAGAAAGCCAGUCGCAAGAAACACAGUCACAGGAAGCACGAUGCUGAGGACCCGGAGGCAGGGCUGCCCAGGACAGAGGCUGCCUCCGCAGAGGAGGCUGACCUGGGCCCAGCUGGCAAGGGAACGUCACCCACGUGUCCACUCCCACGCUCACGCCCACCGGCUUUCAUCUCUAUUCCAGGCGGACACGAUUCUUAUCUGCACCCGUCCUUGCCCAUCGAAGUGGGUGGUGCCGGCUUCUCAGACGUUUCUCCCCAAGCCGCGGGUCCCCAGCCAGAAGAGCACCUCAGGAAGCUCGACCAAGAUGCUGUCAUCCAGAGGAUCGUGGAAUUGCUCAAAAAAGUGGGAGACCAGUGGGAGGAGGAGCAGCAACUUCAAGUCCCUCAGCCAGAGGUGGUUCCUCAAAACCCCUCCCCGAUCUGCAAGAGGAAGUCCCAGGAAAGAAAGUCCAGCCUCAAGAGAGCCUUUUCUCUUAAGAAGUACGGCCCCGGACCCGAGGAGUCCAGGAGAGCAGGGGCUGCUGAUGUCCCCAGUGCAGAGGCCCGGCCACCCAAGAAGUCCAGCUUUCUGCCCAUGUGUGUCGUCGGUAGCCACCGGUCCUCCGUCUCCAGCAGCCCUGGCUUGGAAGAACCCGAGGUCCACGAGGCCCUGUCUGCAGAUGGGGAGGGCCCAAGUCCCUCUGAACCGCCCACCCACGCCAGAUGCCAGGGACCCGUAGAGGAGCUGCUGCUGGACGGGGCCUCAGAGUCCAACAAAUUCAUCCAGAAGAUCCUUGCCCUACUCCAAGAUGCCGAGGAGCAGGAGGGAGAGCAGCAACCCCAAGUGCAGGAGGUGGAGGUGGCUGAGAACCCGGCCCCAGUCUGCAGGAAGAAAUCCCAGGAGAAAAAGUCCAGCCUCCGGAGAGCCUUUUCCCACAAGAAGCACAGCUCCAAGGAGCCCAGGAGGGCAGGGACCGCCCCAGAGGCCGGGACACCCAAGAGGCCCAGCUACCUGCCCUUGUGUGUGGGUGGCCACCGGUCCUCCAUCUCCAGCAGCUCGGAUCCAGAGCAUCCCGAGUUCCAGGAGCCUUUGGCUGCCGAAGGGGGAGCAUCUGGGUUCCCAGCAGCGUCCUCCCAGACCAGAAGCCACACGCCAGAAGGAGGAUCCCCGCCGGAGGACACGUGUGAAUCUAAGGAGGGCAUCAUCUGCACACUAGUGGAGCUGCUCCAGGAAGUGGAUGGCGAGCUGGGGGACCAGAUUGGGCGGCACCCCAGCUUUAAGAGGUUUUUUUACAAGUUCUCGGACUCCACCCUCAGGAAGCUGGUGGCCACCCUGCGCAGACGGAAGACUCACUCGCCCGGUGGGGCCAGGAGCCUCGCCCAGAGACCCUCCCCAUAUGUCUUUGGCUUGGUCCACAAAUUCGCUGGCAGCCACAGCCGCACCAUCUGCAGCCUCAUGGGUUCCCGAGGCCACUGCGUCCAGCACAACUUCACCCAGUUCCCGUCCAGGGAGGCCCAGCCGAACAUGCCAAGUCCUGAGUGUCAAAGUCCAGAUUGAAAGCUGUGCCUUAUGCUCAAAUUCCCUCGAACUAACAAAAUGAUUGGCAGCUUCCACUGGAGGCCCUGAGAUGCUCCGUGACGCCCUGAUCUAUGCUUUACCAGCAGGCCCGAGACAGCAGCCGACGACACUGUGCACCAUGCACUCUUGUCUGAGAAUGUACCGAGCCUUCAUCCACAGAGCUGGAGGUGGGGGCUGUAUCAGGGAAUCAGCCCUGAGGGGGGGGUCAGGAGGCCUGGGCUCCGCCUGCCAAACCUUCCCCCGACCUGGCAAGGCCCUGUGUGCACCAUGGAUCUAGUUACCAAGAAGGAGGUCUACUGACGUUUCCCCAGAUAUUAGUUUUAGCCUUUUCUUUUUUUUUUUUUUUUGGUACCAGGGAUUGAACCCAGGGGCACUUAAGCCACUGAGCCACAUCCCCACUCUUUCUUUAUCCUUUGUUUUUGAGACGGGGUUUUGCUAAAUUGCUUAGGGCCUCGCUAAGUUGCUGAGACUGGCUUUGAACUCUUGAUCCUCCUGUAUCAGCCUCCUAACCGCGUCCAGCCCCAAGAUAUUAGUUUUAAAUGAGUUUUACUUUUGGAAAUAGUUUUUAUUUAAUCUCCAACCAGAACAUCCCCAUGCAUUAAGCAAAUGUGCAUUUAUGUGUAGCAUGUCAUUUACUCCAUUCACCAGUAGCUUAAUGCUCUUGGGGAUUUCCAACCACCUCCCAGGAGGGCUCUGCAGGCCCUAGAUAGGGGUGGUCCAUAGACAGAUGAACCCCUGGUCGCUCAGAAUCCUCCCAACCCUGUGUCCUAUAAUUAAUUCUAUGACCAGAAAAAAUGAAGUUGAUAUCUUGUACCUCUCCCAUCUCAUGAGGUUUGCUAAGAAUCAGAAAAUGGAUGUGAAGGGUCCUGAAAAUUACAUGGUACCGUGUUCAUGGAGGAUUUUUUUUUUUUUUUUUUUUUUGGUACCAGGGAUUGAACUCAGGUGCCCUUUACACUGAGCCACAUCCAUGGCUCUCCCCCCUUUUAAAAAAAAAUUUGAGACAAGGUCUUGCUAAAUUGCUCAGGGCAUCACUUAGUUGCUGAGGCUGUCCUCAAACUUGUAAUCCUCCUGCCUCAGCCUCCUGAGCUGCUGAGAUGUUAUUUUAUUAUAGCUACAUGUGAGUAAUUUCCAGGAAGGGAAGGGCUUUGAAUUGGACUGAGAUGGACAGUUACCCAGGUGUGCACUGCUCAAGAGGACCAGACCCCAGGAGGUACUGUUCACAGCCGGAGCCUGCGGAUUUAUAGAUUCAUGAUGACAGUUUUUCAGCGGAUGGAAGUGAAAUGUCUUGUAAGGGGCUUGUUUUGUAUUUGCACAAUGAUGAAGUGUGGGGUGCUAGAGGCUCCUCAUCCCACACAACUGAACAGAUCCAAAGCUUGAGUCCCAUGGAUCAUUUGCUUCACAUCCAUAUCUCCCUGCAGGCCUGACAGGGCUGCAAACAGAGACCAUAUGACUCCCUUGGAUAUUGCCUGGAACACGUGGCCAUGGGGAGAGGACACUAAAACCUGGACAGCAAACUUGGUGGAUCAAAUA